AUGAACAAUGCGCGGCGUGCCUGGACAAGACAUGUCCGAGCAUGUCAGCCCAGGAAUCUUCGUUUAGGAUCGCACAGAUGCUCCUCCACAUUUGACCAGCGACAGUGGUCGACGCCACUGGCAAAGACACUAGCAAACGCGAUCAAGAUCACAGGCCCGAUCCCCAUUUCGGCGUUUAUGCGCCAAGUUCUCACCUCUCCGGAAGGCGGCUACUACACGACUCGACCAGAAGGCGGCGGCGAGGUUUUCGGGAAGAAGGGCGACUUCGUGACGUCCCCUGAGAUUUCACAAGUGUUUGGGGAGCUGGUGGCGGUAUGGACGAUUACCGAAUGGAUGGCGCAGGGGCGCAAACGUAGCGGGGUACAGCUAAUUGAAGUUGGGCCGGGGAAGGGGACGUUGAUGGACGAUAUGCUGCGGACGUUUCAGAAUUUCAAGAGCUUCUCUUCGAGCAUUGAGGCCAUAUACCUUGUGGAAGCGAGCCCGACGUUGAGGGAGGUUCAGAAACAGCGCCUUUGCGGGGAUGCACCAAUGGAGGAGACGGACAUUGGUCACCGGAGCACGAGCAAGUACUUCAAUGUCCCAGUGAUCUGGGUGGAAGAUAUUCGACUUCUACCUCAUGAAGAGGGAACGACGCCGUUUAUCUUCGCUCACGAGUUUUUCGACGCAUUACCUAUACACGCUUUCGAGUCUGUUCCCCCAGCACCCGAAUCCCAGACCGAGCAGAGCGAGAUCAUGACUCCCACCGGCCCCGCAAAGCUACACCAGCCGAUGAAACCCGCCAACACUCCUCAGUGGCGUGAAAUCAUGGUGACACUGAACCCGGAAGCGGUGGAGGAGAACAAAGAAGGCGAGCCGGAGUUCAAAUUGACACUAGCCAAAGCAUCAACACCAUCCUCCUUGGUGAUCCCAGAGAUAUCGGAGCGUUAUCGAAAGCUCAAGUCCCAGCCCGGGUCGACUAUCGAGAUCAGCCCGGAAAGCCGCGUCUAUGCAUCGGACUUUGCCCGUCGCAUUGGAGGUUCGUCGCAGCCGCCGCGGACUGUCAACCGCCAGGAUGCUGGCCCGGUACAGCCUAAGCGGGUCCCAUCUGGCGCGGCGCUGAUCAUGGAUUAUGGAACGAUGUCGACGAUUCCUGUCAAUUCGCUCCGCGGGAUCCAGAAUCACCGAAACGUGCCAGCGCUUUCAUCGCCCGGUCAGGUCGACGUGAGCGCCGAUGUGGAUUUCAUUGCACUGGCAGAAGCGGCCAUUGACGCCAGCGAGGGCGUGGAGGUCCACGGACCGGUGGAGCAGGGAGAUUUCUUGCAAGUCAUGGGCAUUGCCGAGCGUAUGCAGCAGCUGCUCAAGGGAAUCAAGGAUGAGGAGAAGCGCAAGACUCUGGAGAGCGGCUGGAAGAGGCUGGUUGAGAGGGGAGGCGGCGGCAUGGGUAAGAUCUACAAGUUCAUGGCCAUCAUUCCAGAGAACGGUGGCCAGAGGAGACCAGUCGGGUUUGGUGGAACUGUGCAGAUGUAG